ACAGCUGCUAUGGCCAGUGGUAAAGAUUCGGACAGUGAGCAGGCGGUGCCCGAUGUGGAGGACGGGGGAGCAGACGUGAAGGCCGUGCAGGCCCAGUAUCUCCGCAGCCCCUCGCCCAGCCGGUAUUCAGUGAUAUCGGACACUGAUACAGAGAGCAUCUUGAUGGAGCCAAUUCAUCUGUCAUCUGCUGUGGCUGCCAAACAAAUAAUCAAUGAAGAACUGAAGACAAAGGACACCAAGGUAGAUUCAGCGUGUCCCAGGAUGUUAGAGUCUGCACGGCAGUUGAUGGUGGAAGACCUGUACAACCGAGUCAAGGAAAAGAUUGAUGACACCAGCUUGUUUAACACGCCGUGUGUGAUGGACUUGCAGAGGGCACUUGUGAAGGACAGGCUGGAGACCCCUAGGGAUGCUGUGGAUGAAGUCUGGCCUAAUGUCUUCAUAGCAGAAAAAAGUGUUGCGGUGAACAAAAGCCGUUUGAAGAGACUGGGGAUCACGCAUGUCUUGAAUGCAGCUCAUGGUACAGGUGUAUACACAGGACCAGGUUUCUACAAUGGUCUGAAUAUCCAAUACCUGGGCAUUGAAGUGGAUGAUUUUCCAGAUAUGGAUAUCUCCAAACACUUCCGCCCAGCUGCAGAGUUCCUUGACGAAGCACUGCUGACUUACAGGGGCAAAAUCCUUGUCAGCAGUGAAAUGGGAAUCAGUCGCUCAGCUGUACUGGUGGCUGCUUACCUGAUGAUCUACCACCACAUGACCAUUCUGGAGGCUCUGAUGACUCUGAGAAAGAAGCGUGCCAUUUACCCCAAUGAUGGCUUUCUGAAACAGCUAAGGGACCUCAACGAGCAAUUGUUGGAGGAACGAGAGUCAGAGCACAGUGGAGAUGAAGAAGACACUCCUAGUCAAAGUCCAGAUGUCCAUGCAGGGACUUCUUCCCGGCUGUCUAGAGUUGGGGACUCAGAAAGCAUCAUGGGAGCCAAAGCCCACUCCAUCACAGUAGAAGAAGAGGACACCAGCAGCCUGCUGGGUAGUCUUAUGAGCUCUUCAUCAGUAGGAAAAACCAGCUGGGUUUCUAAACACUCCACCCUCAUCAGUGAGGAGGAAGAGGAACAGUUGUACGAGGAAUGGAGGAAAAAACAAGGCCUGCCUGCAAAGGAACCAGGAGUUAACCAUGGAACAAGAACAUCUCCAAAGCUUCUGGAUCAGGAAGGGGAACAAUCUGAGGAGGAUGUGGAACAGAGGAUCCAUGACUGGCAGCACAGAAAUGAGAAAUACCAAACUGAGGGUCCACCCAGGGAGGAGGAUGGAGAUUCCAGCAUGGGAGGAAGACCUUACCCCUCAGGUGAAUUCAGCGAUGUUGAGAGUGUGAGCAGUUUUGAGAUCCGAACCCUAAAACAACAGCUGGAAGCCAGUAGCUUCAGCAGAAUGAGGAGGAGCCGCACAGGCUCUAUGUCUUCAGAAAGCACUUGGGACAUGUGGAACCAGAGGCUUCUGGAGAUUGAGAAGGAAGCUGCUCACAGGUAUUGUUCUAAGAAUAAAAAUUGUGGGGAGAGACAAUCCCCAGAAACAGGAAGAAAGGAGAGGGAUGUGGAUGAGGAGAGCGUGUUUUCAGACAGUAGCUCCUUUUACAAUUUCUGCCAAAAGAACAAAGACAAGUUGACUCCUCUAGAAAGGUGGAAGGUCAAGAGGAUCCAGUUUGGUUUUCACAAGAAGGAUGUAGAACCAUCAUCAUCUGCACCAUCUCCAGCAGCAGAUGGCAGCCAGGCAGGUGGGGAGGAGACAGAAGGGAAGAGUUUGUCAGAUAUUAACCUGACUGCUUACCAGGCUUGGAAAAUGAAGCGGCAGAAGAAGGUGGGCAGUGAAAGCAAGGAGGAAUUUGUGGAGUUUGCCAAAAGUGAGGAUUCUGCUUCAGCUAAAAAGAAGCAGAGACGUGUAGAGCUCCUUGAACGUUCAAAGAAAAUUUUAGAAGAAAGCCAGUCCAUGUGCAGCUGGGAGACAGACAGUAUGAUGAGUGGGAGCAUCCCACUGUCAGCUUUCUGGCCCUCAGCACCUUCUGCAAGUGGUGCCGAGGAUGCAGCUUCUGCACUGAGCAUGCAGACAAAUAAUUCAUCUUUAUCACAGACCAGGAGCAGCACAGGGGCAAUGCAGCCUCAAAUGCCAAGCAUACCCCUUCCCAAUCUCUCGGUUGGCCCAGGUGACACAAUAUCCAUGGCAAGCAUUCAGAACUGGAUCGCUAACGUGGUCAGUGAAACCAUUGCUCAAAAGCAAAAUGAGAUCAUGAUGCUGUCCCGUCCAUCGUCUGCAAUGGCCUCCAGCGUAAUGUCAGGAGACCUUGGCAGGCGUAUAGAUGAUGAUAAGGUUUCUCUUCUCAGUGCUCGGAGUGCCUCAUCUCUUGCUACCUCUCAGCUUCGCCAGCAGGACAUGCACAGGGCUGAGUCUCAGUCUGUCCUGUCUUGCAAUGCCUCAGAGAGCGCAAGGACUGAAGGGAAUAGUUCAAACAUGAUGACAACACAGACAAGCAAGCCACUGUACAGCCUCUUUGCUGAUGAAGUUGACCUAAAGAAACUCAGGAGGAAGGAGAAGGAGAUGCAAAUGGAAAUGAGAGAGAAAAUGUCAGAUUAUCAAAUUGAAAAGGUGAUCAGAGACAAUAAACGCAGCACUUUAUUUAAAAAAAAGAAGACCAAAGGAGAGGAAAAUGAAACAGAAGAUGACAAAGAGAGUACAACAAACAGCCUCAGGCGCCCCUUGCAAGCAGAUCUUGACAGAACUGAUACAGUCUUUGAUCUGUCCAGUCAACCUGCAAACACAGAUGCACUGAAGUCAGAGAUAGAGACUGAUAUUACCAAGUGGCUCAGUGGCCUGAAAGCAGAAAGAGAACCACCGUCAUACUAUGACCAAAGUGAGAAGGCCAGAGAGAAAUAUAGCAGAUCAUCCAAAAUUAGAGAGAUGGAUUCUGAAUCAUCCAGUUACAGAUUCUCCAGAUCCCAAAGAGAAGAGCUAGACAGCUGUUCUUCUUACGAGUCAAAAGGUGAUUCACUGAGAACCAUGUCAAGAUUUUCCUCUGCUUCUGCAAAAGAGGACAAACAGAUGUAUACAUUCACAAGGUCAAGGGUCAGUGAGGCAACAAGUUCCAGAGAAAAGACCCCAGAGCUGCAUGUUUUCAGCCGAACACCUGAACCAUCCUUUGACUCUGAAUCCCCUGAACCAUUUACACAGAGUCGAGCUAGAUCUCAUCAUGUGGAGGCAUGUGAAGAGGAGGCCAGGUCAGACACAUCAGAAUUUGGAGCUAAGAGAAAGUUCACCCAGAGCUUUUCAAAGUCUGAAGAGGAUGGAAAGAAGGAGGCAAAAGUGGAACAAAGUGAAGAAAGAUUUGCAUCUAGACAGUUCUCUCAGUACAGGCGAAGCGUGCGUAAAGAAGAGGAAGAAGAGAUGGAUGAUGAUGCCAUUAUUGCUGCUUGGAGAAGCCGACUAGAAGAAACUACAGCAAAGCUCCGGCGGCGAAGGGAAGAGUGA